UGCAGACGUCGUUGAAAAAAGUAAAGAUCUCCGCAAAGAAACUAAAUUUUUCCGAUCACAAUAAAAAGUUUAGAGUUAAGUUAUUGGGAAAGUGUUCAUAGUCGGUGUACAACAGUGGCAAACAUGUCGAAAACCCAAGAAAGUGAUAGUGUCUAGUGAAAGAAGUCGACGUAAAAAGUGUAUAUUGUAAACUUUGAAGAGUGCUGGGCUUUCAGCUGGGUAGUGUGAAGAAUAUGUAAUUAAGCAAAGGUUAUUCAAUAACUCCUGGAGCGCACAGCAUACAUGAUACGGUGUAUCUGAUUUGGGUACGUACGGUAGCGGAAGAAUAGAGGAAUGAUAUAAACUUCUCGCAGCAGUGCAGCGAGAUUUGAAGCCCUGUGGUAAACAUUCGUACGGAAAAUGAUUCGCUCUCACUUUGAACCGCCGUUGGAUUAUCAACAGCAGCAGCAACAACAACAUCAACUUCAACAGCAGCAGCAACAACAAAUUCAACAGCAACAGCAACUCCAACAGCAACAACAACUUCAGCAACAACAACUUCAACAGCAACAACAACUUCAACAGCAACAGCAACAGCAAAUCCAACAGCAACAACAACUCCAACAGCAACAACAACUCCAACAGCAACAGGUGGCGCAACAACAGCAACAAAUAUCUAAAAUCGUUAGUAGUCCGCCACCGACCAUCGUUGGGACUCCGAAUGGAACCACAAUGUGUGUUGCAAAGCUUAUUGUCGGAUUAGAUCAUGCCCCGAUGGCAUUCAACGUUCGACAUAGGAUAAUCGGUGAUGGCGGUACAAAUUUGAACUACAUUCGUUCGGAAACCGGUGCUAUGGUUUCCUUACGUGGCCGAGGAUCGCUUGCCAUUGAACCACAAACUGGUCAAGAAGCUCCAGAGCCGCUACAAUUGUGCAUUGAACAUCCUACGUUGGAGGGAUUGCAAAAUGCAAAGCAAUUAGCCAAAAAUCUCAUAGAAACUCUCCAAGAGGAGCUAAAUUUGUUUCAGGAAAAUAUUGUUCCAAAACAAAACUUCCAAUUGAUCCAACAACCGACGCUAGUCCAGACGACUCAAGUUCCCCAAAUGGUCCCUAUGAUCCGUGCACAGCACCUGGCUCAACCGAAUGGAAUAAUUCAUCAGCCCCCACCGUCUGUGUUACCACCACAAGGAUUCGUUCAGCAUCCCCAAAGUCAGCCUCCUCCAACGCAAAUUAUUCAGCAACCGCCAACGAUUAUUCAGUCACAUGUUCCGAUGCAAAUUCAUCAACAACCAAAUAAUGUUGUAAUCUCGCAGAUCCAAACAGCGCCUCACAUAACCAACGUCAGCAAUCCUCCACCUGGAACGCAGAUCAGGCCAACUAUGAUGCAAAUUAAAAGUGCUGCUCCACCGCAUCUUUCUCAACCACCACCCAAUAUCCAGCUUGCUCAUGCGACAGAAGCUCCACAACAAAUCCUGCUGAAUCAAGCACCCCCAUACCAGGUACAAUACAUCCAACAGAAUCCUUCAAUCCAAACAAGCAGUGCACCACAUCAACCUGGCCAGGUUACAAUCCAACACGUCAUACAACCGCAGCCCCAGUCGAUUCAAGGAAUAGUUCAAACUACUAUGCCUCCUCCACAGUUUGACCAAUUUCAGAGGCCACCACAAGGGCAGCAGAUAAUAACAGUGCAAGGUAGCACAGCAUUUAUGGUUCCUCCACCAAAUAUCAUGCAUCAGACUGUAGCUCAUCAACCACAGAAUCAAAUUAUUGUACAGUCACAACCUAUAAUUACGCAUCCGCCACCAAAUUCGAUAUCCCAGGAACUCGUACAAACGACCAUGCAACCCACAAUGGCACAACCAGGCUCACUCGGACCACCUCCCAUGAGUCAAGUUCCGAUGCUAGUUAAUGGAACUGAUGAUAAGAAACCCGGUGAACUUCAAAUUAAGCAGGAACUUGUAAAACUUGAAGAAGCACCUCCACCCGGAACUAUUAUGCAACAAAUAUCGAAACCCACUGUGAUCCCUGUGUCGUCGAUGCAAGGUAUUGCGUUGAGUCAGCCCCCACCUCCGAUCAUGUCUGUGCCACCGCCAACCGUGCAGCACAUCGUUGGAAAUACAAUUAUCACUUCUCAAGCAAAUCCCCCCAUCAGUCACGCUAUUCCUCAGCAAAUUUACAGUCAAAUUCCGGUAUCGAUACAAUCGUACCAAUCAGCGCCUCAACAAAUUCACAUGAACGGUAGCACACACUUUGUCGUAAACGCUCCGCAUCAUUGGCCUCCCAAUGGACAGAACAAUCCGUCACCGCAGAUCCAGCAGGUCCCGGUUAGCUCCAUGCAGAACAUACAGUUUGCAACACAAGCGAUGCGUAAUCCGAAUGAGAUUCAGAUCAUCAGUCAACCAACGAUCAUCAGCGCGGCGGAAUAUCGACCACCACCACAGCAGCAACAUAUAAUCACAACUAGUUCAUUCAACCCGCAAAUGCAACCUCCGCCAGGAUUGCAAGUGUUUCACACCGUACCGCCACCACAGCAGCAGAUCAUAACAAGCAUACCAGGUCAACAACCUCAGCAGCACCUUAUUGAAGCAUCACCACAUCCGGUGCCUCCGCCGCACCCGGGACCAACUCAUCAAAUCAUCACAGCAUCCGUGCCACCACCAUCUUCGCCGUUCACUACGGUGCAUUAUACGACGUCACAUGAACAAAAGCCAACAAUAGACGUUCAACAACAUCAGCUGCAUGGAAUGAGACUAGGACAGAAACGGAAGCAUCCAGAUGAAGAAUCGCACAAGAACAAUUCACCUAAAAUGGGGAUGGGGAUGAUUCAAAGCAGCGGCGCCGGGUCGGUGACAGCAAAAAACACGAUGUCUUCAACGUCGACGGCAACGGUUACAACGUCGUCGACAUCCGGUGGUCUAAUAACAUCGCAAAUUUACUCUGCAGCUUCAGCAGAUGACUUGCAACGAUUGGAAAUUUGCGCUAAGUCGGGAAACGAGCAGCAGUCCGGCGGCGAGCACAACGCCGAAAACUUUGGCGUCGUCGGCGUCGGCAGCAACAACAACAACAACAACAACAACAUUCAUAGUGGACCGAAACAUGGUCAAAAUGGACCACAGCAACAGAACAUGGUUGGUAAUUCUAGAGUACGAGGAACGUACCGCAUGAACCAACCUUACUACGCUAACAACAGCAACGCCAAUAAUGGACGCAAUAGCAACAAUGGCAACUAUCAGCUCAAUAACUUUCAGCGAGAUCAUGAACCUACGCCACCGCCACCACCAACUAAAUGUCGGUGGUAAAAAAUACUUCAUGCUCUUGAUGUCGGAAAAGAUCAUUAAAUUACAAUCGUAAUUUUAAUUCUGAUAUGUUGACACUUAUUUUAAAACGUGAAUAAUACAAGUGCUUGCGGAUAAAUUGUUAGGCAUUGAAUAUCAUUGCUAUAUUACAUAAAUUUGAAUCAUAAUUUAUUAAUGUGCUGUAAAUAUUAAUAAUAUGUUCCAAGAAUGGAUAUUUGGUAGUCAUAAAAUGUGUUAUUUGAAAAAAAAAAACAAAUAAAUAAAAAUCAAAUGAAGAUAUUUUUUUGCUGA